UUGUUCCAGAUGACUUCUACGGUCGGUCGUGGAUCCCGCACCACACUUACACUUACACAUACACACGCGCCUGCGUAAGGUAGGAAGGUGAUCAUCAUCGUGCGGAGUAUUGGACCCUCAAUGUUACCCCGGAGUAUGGCAUGGCUUUUGUAUGGCGAAGGCUGCGAGCCGUGUUCUGACAAUGUCGUCCUGCUUAUGUCCAAUCAGCAAGGCAAGGAGGACAAUCCAGCACCCAAACCGACUGGUCAUGGGCCUUCCUUCGUUUGGCCCUUGCCGAAGGAUGCGAGCGUGCAGGCCUGAGGUUGCGAAUGAAAGAGUACCUCGUAGUGAAGUAAACUAUUUCGCAGAUUGGCUAAUUCAGGCGCUCCGUAACCUGUCGCGGAGCCCCGCGGGGGGAAAUGCCCCAGGGCCAGGGUCAAUCCUUUGGUGGCCGGACGCUGGUAGCACAGACUUACCCCGAGAAUCCGAGAUCCAUGCGAUGCUCUUUAGCAGCGUACAGCUCCGCACACGCAAGACGAGAUGGGAUGAAAAUAGACGCAGAGCUGGAGACGGGAGAGUAGAGCUAUCCUAGCUAAUUACUUUUGUGAAAUAAUUCCAAGAAAUGGCCGAAAUCGUGAGGUUCUGUCCAACGGCGUCUAGCGCAAGAGCUAGGCUGGCAGGCUGGCACGACGUCUCCAGGAUUCCAGGGUGAAGUGAGAGAAAAGGCAUCGGGUGAUAGGACGGGCACUGGUAUAUUCCAUAUUCACCUCGGGGCCAACUAGGUAGCUGCUACCUAGCUCAAAUGGCAGGGCCCAUUUCCCCUCCU